AUGAGGCUGGCAAGCACAAGAUGCAAUUCAUCAGCGGCUAUCAUCACAAUCCAUACUCGAAAGCAGUACACAGCACACGACUUGAGCGGCACCUCCCAUACAAUUUUCCACAUCUCACGCGUAUCUUCACACAUGCCACGCAUGCAUGCCAAAACCAAGACCCAACCCCCACGAUCGAAACCCACGAUGUCGCUCUUCCCCAACAUUCUCCACCCUUCCACGUACUCCACUAUUUUGGUGGCCGAUCGCCCUAAGAUAACAACACCACCUACCCAAACAGACCACAAGGCCGAACAUCAACACACACAUCAAGUUGAUCAUCACCACGUUUCGGCCUUCUUGAUUAGCUUCUUUAGCCACAUGUUUGCGCCAGCCGCGUAUCAACAGUGCACAUCGUCUACGCCUUGUUGGGCGUUGUCGCACCAUGUGGAGUGUUCGAGGAGUAGUAGAAAAGCAGUCAUCAUCGUAGAUGACGAAUUUGUGCUACUUGAAGCCUUCGAAGGCGAGGAGGAGGACGGUGGACCGAUCUGUCGAGAGGCGACGAUUGAGAGUUGGAAAGUACCAAGAAAGGAGCCAAAGAGGAGCUGGGAUGCGAGACGCUGGAGCGACUUGCCCUAUUUUGGUUGUCCAUGA